AUGGCAUUGAGACUCUCAUCCAUUAUCUCCUCCACAGUGAUCCGUCGACGACUGCCUUUGGUGGGUGCGUUUUGUGUACUUAGUUUGGGUCUUUCCAAUCUCUGCCCUUAUAUUUCUCUCUCCUCCAAAACUGGUUGUGCUCAGUCCCUCCCCCUAGUCCCUCGCCUACGAUCACAGCAUAGGAGCAAUCAUAGUAUAAAAAUGGAAAGCAAGACAGUCCCCUGCAUCGUUGUAUACGUUACUGUUCCAAACAAAGAAGCAGGGAAAAAACUGGCUGAAAGCAUUGUCAAAGAAAGGCUUGCAGCAUGUGUUAAUCGAGUGCCAGGUGUGGAAUCAGUUUAUGAGUGGAAGGGAGAGAUACAAACGGAUUCUGAGGAGCUGCUUAUAAUCAAGACCAGGGAGUCUCUCUUGGAUGCUUUGACCGAGCAUGUGAGAAAAAAUCAUGAAUACGAGGUGCCUGAAGUCAUUGCUCUGCCAAUAACUGGUGGCAACCACCCGUAUUUGGAGUGGCUUAAAAACAGUACAAGGGACUAA